GCACAGAUUACUAACUCCUGAGCGUGGCAAGAGCUGAAGCUUCUACUCCACUUGUGUCCAAGAUUCAUAGUCUGUUAUGGGAUUAUGCACCUGGAGAGAAAAUGGCAGCUGGACAUACCCCACUAUCCUCCUCUGCAUAUAUGGAUUUUUCACCUACAUGAGACCCUCAGAGCCUUUCCUCACCCCUUACCUGACAGGCCCAGUGCACAAUCUCACACUAGAACAGGUAACAAACACCGUCUUCCCAGUAUGGACAUACAGCUACUUAGCAAUAUUAUUUCCAGUAUUCCUGCUCACAGAUUAUUUGAGAUACAAACCAGUGAUAAUCCUGCAGGGCCUGAGCUACAUAAUCUCAUGGGUCCUCUUACUUUUUGCUCGUGGAGUUCCUGCCAUGCAAGGCCUGGAAUUUAUGUAUGGCAUGGUCACUGCCACUGAAGUGGCCUAUUUUUCAUACAUCUACAGUGUGGUUGAUACAGAACAUUACCAGAAGGUUACCAGCUAUUGCCGUAGCAUUACUUUGGUGGGAUUUACUCUUGCCUCUGUAUUGGGGCAGCUUCUGGUUUCCCUAGCUGGACUAUCAUACUUUUACCUCAAUGUAAUCUCUUUGGUAAGUGUCUCAAUAGCUUUUUUGUGCUCCUUGGUGCUCCCCAUGCCAAGAAAAAGUAUGUUUUUUCACAAAAAAAUGAUAGGAGUAUCAUCCGAAGAACCAAAAGUAUCCAGUGAUAACCCAGACGAGCCAAGUACAGAAUCCAAGACAGAGACCGCUAACAAAAGUCCUGGGCCAAAUUUCUGUAAAGUUCUCUGGCUCCUGUGUAAAGACUUGAAAGAAUGCUACUCUUCCAUGCAGCUGCUGUACUGGUCUUUGUGGUGGGCACUUGCUACAGCGGGAUACAACCAAGUCAUCAAUUACGUGCAGGUUCUCUGGGAACACGUGGAACCUGCUCAGAACUCCACUAUAUAUAAUGGAGGGGUAGAGGCUGUCUCCACCUUUCUGGGCGCCCUCUCCUCUUUCGCGGUUGGAUAUGUGAAAGUCAAUUGGGAGCUGACUGGAGAAUUAGCACUUGCCAUCUUCUCAGCUGUCAGUGCCGGCAGCCUGUUUCUCAUGGACUAUAGCUUUAAUAUUUGGAUGUGCUACGCCGGCUACCUGAUAUUCAAAUCCUCUUAUAUGCUUCUCAUCACUAUUGCCACGUUCCAGAUUGCAGUAAACCUGACUAUGGAGCGCUAUGCACUGAUGUUUGGAAUGAAUACAUUUGUUGCACUUGCUCUUCAGACCAUAAUAACCAUUAUUGUAGUGGACGGCAGAGGCCUCGGACUGGAUAUCAUCACCCAGUGCUUUUGUCUUGGUCACCAUUGUCUUCAGUCAUCUUCUGUUGAGCUCUGGCUAAAUCAUCUUUCUAUCUGCUGGUUUGUGACUACCUACAAGAAUUUCAGCAUCAAAAUAACUGUCAUAUGGAAGCCUUCUCCACGCCAGAAUUGCCAAGACGGGCCUACUCAGCCAAUAACUGACUGAGGCAGGACACUACAAAGGCCAGUGGCUGGCAAAAUGAGCAUCACGUGAAUGGAGGCAAAACUACAGGAACCAGGCAUGGCCACUAUAUAAUGUACAGAGUUGUGCUUGUACGGUGAAUGGUUCCAGUGCACAGGAGCUGCUCCCAGAAACAGUCGGUGGUGGUGGUGCUGGGAGUGGGACCCCCUCUUGAUCCGAUACUUAUCACCAAUGCUAAGGACAGGUCAAUAUUAUAGUCCAGGAAAAUCCCUUUUACUCUUUAAUUUUAAUUUAUAGUUGAUAUUUCAGGGCCUCCAAUCACAGUCAAGCUUUCAUUCAUGUGACAUGAAUGC